AUGCAUUACAUUCGGCUUUUGAGGCCGCCCAAGCUGUCCUCGUCCCAAAGGCAGAUGCAGGCCGAGAUUGUAUUUACAGUCACGACGGACUUGGGGGAUUCCUUUCUCUCACCGCUGGUGCCCCUCGAUUUGUUCGUCACAGCCAGCAUACGCUCGUCGACACGGGACUUAUCCGCCGUCAGCAGACCCGCACAGGUCGGAAAGCUGCAAUGGGCUUCCGGACAGAGGGUGGCAAAGCCAAUUUGCGAGCUGCCUCUUGCGAUGGCCAAGGCCAUAACGUCUGGAGAUAUGGUCGACCUUGGCAUCGGCACGGCCCCAAUCUUUUCUGCCGAGGGAGUCGAGCGAAUUCUGUCGUCGACGUCGACGACCACAAGCACGAGCGAAGCGGCCGGCCAUUGCGGCUUGGUGAUGCCGGUGCGGGCGACACUGAACGGCCCUGACGUCGACGACGACGUGUCUUCGCGGAAGAUCCGUCUACAUGCCGCCUCCCAGGCGCCAGAGUAUCUCGAGAUUGAGGAGGAGAUUGGCGAGAGCAUCGCCCGGCACAUCUGGGACGCCGGCGUCGUUGCCCUCUCUGCCAUCGUGGGCACGUACACAUUGCCGGACAUGGCAUGCAGCCAGCAUGCUUGCAUGAAGGCCCUGCGGCGUAUCCUUGACUCGGGUGAGCCGAUCAACAUUCUCGAGAUUGGCUGCGGCGUCGGCAUUCUCGGCACCGGCCUGUGCGCCAUCUACCCGCCAGGCACCCGGGGCUGCACCAUCCUCAUGACGGACCUCGACGAGGCCGAAGGCCGUGCCCGUUCCAACAUUGCGCUGCUCAAGCACAACCAAUCGGUGUCCCGGCUCGGACAGGCACACUUGCUGUACGAGAACCUCGAUUGGGAGCACGCUCGCCACGGCCGUUUCGGACGACAGGUCCAACGUCGCCGGUGGGACCUCGUCGUUCUGAGCGACUGCACCUACAAUGUCGACAUGCUGCCGGCGCUGGUGGAGACGCUUUCCGCCUUGCACGCUUCCAACGUGCGUCGGGACGACGGCUUCGUGACGAGGGUAUUUCUGGCGACGAAGCCUCGCCACGAGUCGGAGAAGGCGCUCUUCGACCUAUUGGCUGGCGACGGCUGGGAGACGCUGCAGACGCAGAUUCUACCACUGCCGGUGCUGGGAAAGGAGACAGAGUCGGUAGAGAUGUACCUGUUUGAGAAGGCGUCAUGUCCGAUCCGCAAAUGA